GCCAUGGGUGCAGCCACACGGAUCAUGCAAGAGCUGAGCGCUGCGUUCGCAGAGGUGGAGGUCGCCUCUGGCUUCGUGAAGGACCUCUUCCAGAUGUCCGAGGGCCGGCUGCAGCGUGCCGAGUCCUGCAACAAGUUGGCUCCGCACAUCUGGGCCAACGCCGUGAGAGCCACACGGUUGAUGCACGAGAAGCUCACUAUGCAGUGGCGAAUGGCAGCUGCUAUCCUGAAGCAUGCAGAUGCGUCGAAACGUGUCAGCUACAAGAAAGCGGACGAGACCGUGCGACUGGUGAACGAGAAGCUGCUGAGAUGGAAAGAGGAGGCAGAGAUCCUGCAGCAGGAGGCUCGUGAAGAUGAGAUGGCUCGGCAGGCAGCCUUGCGCAUGGGCGCGCCGCGGCCUUCACCUGUAGAGGUCGAGCGCCAACAUGCCGACAUGGCCCGCCAGCGACAGGAGUUGGAGAGGCAGCGAAUGCAGGCAAUUCAGCAUGGCCCUCGAGAAAAUUAUGGCUUCGUGGAGACCCAGAGCGAUGCAGACGACUGA